AUGGAGGUGCGCGCGCAGACUGCAGGCGCGCGCCGCCGCUCUGGAACGCGCUGCAACCGACGAGCAGAGUGUCGCACGGACUCCAGCAAGUUUGAGACGAACUGCAAGUUAAUCUGCUUUCAUCUAAAAUCAAAGGUUCAUCAUGGGAAACAGGUUGAGCAGAAGGCGAUAUGCUCCGGCUGAAACUGCAGCCACAGAGCACAAGCCUUCAGUGGAGCCGGCGUGUUCGACACCAGGCGAGGAUUCUCCGACGGCACAAACUCAGGAGAUCGACCAGCCAGAGAGCCGAGGGCCUCCAGAAGAGCCAGAGAUGUCAGACGCGUGCUCAACCCAAGAAAAGGAAUGUGUGUCAAAAUGUGAAGAAGAGAGCCCUGCUGCCCCCGCCCCGGAAGUUCAUGACGUUUUGAUGGAACCGACCGAACCAAACCCUGUUGCUGAAGUCCAUCCAGCUCCAGAACCUGAGCCCGACACCUCAUUUUUAGAAGCAGAUCCUGAAGGAACCUCUGAACCAAGUUCAGACCCAGAACCAACUUCAACCGAAGCUCUGGAGGAGACAACUCAAGAACUUCUCCCCGAGUCUGCCUCUCCCUCCACUUUGAUCAUUCCCGACGUCACUCUAACACCAGUUCUCACUCUGAUCGGGCCAUCAGAAGCCUCAGCAGGUGAGGGAGGUGACGGGGAAGCUAACGCUGUGGAGGAUUUCACAGCAGAGCCCGAUGCAGCCACAGAAAUGUCAGAAUUUCUGGAGAACACACAGGUGGAGGCUGCAGAGAGCAUGCAGACUCUUGGAAGUGAUGUCAUCGAGAGUGUCGAUGAAAUCCUCAAAAAUUCAGAGCUGAAAGGAAACGACCUCCUCAGUGAUCUCAUUCCUGGUGAUGUCAACCUCUACGACGACACUCCCAUCAUGAGCGGCCAGCUGAUCUGAACCACUGAAGGGAGAACUCAAGACAGAAGAGAAGGAGUAUUUCUGGUCAAACCUCAGCCUGUUAAACCCAUCAAACAUUCAUGAAGUGCCAGAAUAAGGACAAACAUUUCACAGGUCCCAGGUAGCAACCAGUUUGUGGAUUUUAGGAGAUUCGGAGAGGACAAAUACAACAGGCUUUUAUCAGACACAAACCCAAUAUUUAAACACUUUUUUUUAGUAUGAAUGGUUUCAGCAAAAGAAAAGCAUCAGAAAAUGAAACUAGCGCAUUUAAAUAUACAUAAAGACAAAGUGCUAAGAAAUGUGCACAACAUAGACCUACUAAUGUUUUGUUUUUUUGCAGAAUUGAUCAGAGAAAUACUUAUUUUAAAGUAAUUAGUGCCUUUCUUGUGAAAAUAAACAAUGCUUUAACACGUG